UGGUCGAGGUGUCUGGCAUCAUGGCAUCCCCUGAACUGGCUACGGCGUCUGCCAUUGCUGCGAUGGUAGCAGCAGCCGAGGAAGCAGAGACAACGGAGACUCACACAGAUGAACUGACCGUGUUGAUGUCACACAUUGGACUAGAAACCUUCCCGGACGAUUGCGCGGCGAUCGCACACUACGCCUCACUGUCAGACGUCGUAAUCUUUGUCGAGGAGGUGUGCCGGUUACAGGUCGACCACAAUGCCAUCAUGUCGCUCGGCAGAAACGUCUCUUUCUUUACAAACCUUACAUUCCUGGACAUCAGCAACAACCGACUCACGCAUAUAUCUAGCACGGUGUUGCAGCUGCGUCGACUCAAGACAUUGGUCGCGAAAAACAAUUUGCUAGAGGUCUAUUCACUUCCGAAAGAAUUUGGGAGUCUGACGUCGUUAGAAACACUACACUUUGGUGGAAACAGUUUUGAUGAAUUUCCAAUGCAACUGAUUGAAAUGGAAGGAUUAAAGAAACUAUUUUUAGGUGCCAAUCAGAUAACUCAUGUUCCCGUCCAGAUUGGGCAAAUGACAAGUCUAGAAGUGCUCUACCUAGGUGGGAAUCGCCUAAAAGAAGUGCCUGCAACUGUAGGCUAUUUGCAGAAGCUCACUGCCCUCAUUCUGUGUAAUAACCAGCUGAGAAGUCUGCCUAGUACUGUGUGCCAGCUGAAGUGUCUGCAGACUCUCAGCUUGCAUGAAAACAGAUUGACGACUCUUCCACCUGAGCUAACUAAAUUGAAUCUGCUAGAUCUGUCACUGAGGGGAAAUCCACUGGUUGUGCGCUUCGUCCAAGAACUUGCCUUUCAUCCACCAACACUGCUGGAGUUGGCUGCCCGUCGUAUAAAAAUCAAAAACAUACCCUACAGUGAGGUAGACCUUCCCAGAAGCUUAGUUUCUUACCUCUCAACUGGAAAACAGUGUGUAAACCCAAAUUGCAAAGGUGUAUAUUUUGAUUCACACGUUGAGAAAGUCAACUUUGUCGACUUUUGCGGGAAGUAUCGUCUGCCGCUGAUGCAGUACCUCUGUCUACCGAAUUGCACAGCACACCCUGUCCAAAACAGCGAUGACGACAGUGAUUGUGACGGUGACGAGAGUGCAGUGGCCAGUGCAGAACGCAUCAAGAAAGUAUUGCUGACUCAGUGAUUGGCACUGGUUUUUCAUGACAUGUGCUAGCAUGAUACUCUCACAAAGAAUUAGGAGGUGACAGUAUUAAUAGUGUGUAUGACAUCGCAAAAUUGUACCAUUUACUCAAGAUUUUUUUGUUAUAAUUUGCUCUCCAAAUAAUUUAUGGCUAACUAAUGCAUACCAUAAACAAAUUAUUGUAGAGUGUGGUGUACAAGCUUAUAUAUAUAUUUUCUACUGCGGUGUCUGUGAUCAAUUUUAAUUAAAAAUUAUGGUUUCCAGUGUUGUAUCAUGCUGCGACAUUGGUGUGAAUUGUGUAGCCAAUCACAUCAUAUACCAUCUCACUUACAUGUUUUUAUUACAAAUUGUAGGACAAAAUUCAAUGUUAAUUAUUCUUUGUGCUUUAAUCUGGAACGAAUCUUCUUGAAAUUCACGUGAAAAAUAUGGAAAGUUGUGGUGUCAGUCGUUUCAGCUUUUACCCAUUUUCACAUGCUUGCGUAGCAUUGCGUAUCUUUUGUAACUUGGGUGUGAGCAUUCGCGAUAAGCGUUUUGUAAUGGUCGCGUGUGGAAUCACCACGGAUAAGAGAACAAUAGAUGAACUCUUCGCUUUAAAGCUGAAUAUAAACUAAUAAUUUAGUUCCAGGUAGAGAGUGCAGCUAUGAAACUCAAAGGCCAUGACAUAAUUUACAUUCAUUACAGGUUUAAAAAAAUCGGUACCCAGGUUUUAGUGUCAUACCUUUGGUCUACCUGCUAGGUUUAAAGUUUGCAUGCAAAAAAUUAAGAUGUUUGCCACCGAGAUUUAAUAGGUUACACAUGUUGAUUAAAUCUCUUUUAGUUUU